UCAAGGUCAUCUUUGGCAGAUUAUAUUCAAAACGUUUUAAUAGCAACUGCAGGUCGUUCAAACGAUGGAGCAGACACCUCAAAAAAUGGCCGUUAGCUCCCAAGAAGCUUACGUGCUAUCCAUAAUGCAUUCUCUAUGGAAAAACCGAUCCAUUGCAGUCAUACUUGGUUUAAAGAUUCCUGAACUACUCUGCAACAGCGAAAAGCCAUCCAUGAGUAUUGAAGAGAUCGCUACAAAGUCAGGUUGUCAGUCAAGUACGCAGCUAUACGCCUUGAUGAGACUUCUCGCUCGAUGGGGAAUCGGUAGAGAGCUUGAAAAUAAGCAUUUCACUAAGAAUGAAAGCAUGGAAGUGUUAAGACGAGACAAAGGUCCAAGUGUAGGUCAUGCGUUCGAAUACUACUGUAGCGAGGAGCAUUACAGUGCUUUGAGGUCAUUGGGGUCGUGCGUGAAGCAAGGCAAACCUGCAUUUAUUCUGGAACACGGAAUGGAUCAUUUUACUUACAUGUAUGACCUGGUAAAAUGCUACGAUCAAUCAAAGAUGUUUGAAGGAUCGUCUGAGCACAAGAUAGGAAGCGAUGAUCGCAGAAGGGAGUUCGCCGAUAACUAUUCCAGUGCCAUGUUGCACUUUUCACAUCUGGCAGCACCUUCAGAUAAAACUGGUGUGAAUACUGUUUACAAUGUAUUUCCCUGGAUUAUUUACUUUUCUAACGUAAACGCUUAG